UUUAAUUAAUAUUAGGUUAAUAUUAAAGCUUGUUGAAAUUGUUUUAAAUAUGUUACGAUAUGCAACUGUUACACGGCUGCUGCGAAAGCCGGCAGCAACGAGUAUGCAACGCGCCUAUUCAAACGGCACGAAUAAAGAAGGUUCAGGAGCUGAUGGUCAAGAGGACAAUCAUCCCAUAAGGCGCACUCUCCGUUUGCUUGGAAAUGAUAUGCGCAGAGUAAAAGAAUUCUUUGUGCCCAAGGACCCACUACCAGAGGAUGAUAAUCCAAAAGAAGCUCUGGCACAGAGCAAGUUCAAAUUCAAGGGUCAGGAGGGACCGGCAGAUGAAUUUCAGACCCACUGCGAUGUGCUUGUGGUGGGCGGCGGCACAAUGGGCAGCUCUAUAGCUUACUGGCUAAAAGAAAAGGCUCGCAAUGGUCUCAAUGUGGUAGUUGUGGAAAAAGAUGAUACGUAUGCCAAAUCCUCCACACAUGUGUCGGUGGGUGCGUUAAGCCAACAGUUUUCACUGCCAGAAAACAUACAGAUGUCGUUAUUUGGCGCUGACUUCUUGCGUAAUUCAGGGGAAUAUUUUGGCGAGGAUAUACCGAUGGGAUAUACACCACAUGGACAAUUGACGCUAGCUAAUGAAGCGGAUGCGGCAAUUCUUAAGCAAUCUUCGCAGCUGCAAAAUGAACUGGGUGCACGCAAUGAACUCUUAAGCCCAGAAAGACUAGCCUCACGAUUUCCUUGGUUGCGUACAAAAGACGUAGCGCUGGGUUGUCUGAGUGUUGAGCGUGAAGGCUGGUUUGACUCCUGGGCACUGCUAGCAAACCUACGACGCGCUGCCAGCGGUUAUGGCGCUCACUUUGUUCAUGGUGAACUUAAAAGUUUUGAAUUCCAAAGCCAGGCAGACAUUAUUGUGACUGGUGAGGGGGGAGCUAAUGCCGGCGGCUAUGAAAGUUUAGACAAAGCCGUAAUCCAGCUGCCUGACGGCACGGAGCGCUCUUUAAAGUUUGCUCUCUGCAUAAUUGCAGCUGGCGUCGGCUCUAGCGACGUGGCCCGCUUGGCGCACAUUGGCAUGGGCAGAGGCAUGCUACAGGUGCCUUUGCCUAUAGCUCCGCGUAAGCGGUUUUUAUAUGCGCUAAACACACAAGCGGAAGAAGCGCCUAGCCUCGGCAUGCCCAUGCUUGUGGACACUAAUGGCAGUUUUAUACGCAGAGACGGCUUGGGUGGUCAAUACAUCUAUGGCUACAAUGCGGAGCAUGCAGAAGCAGCUGACAAUGAGUUGGCCUACUUUGAAUCCAAACUAAGACCGGCGUUAGCUGAACGUUUGCCCGUCUUCGCAGCGGCUGAAGUGGCGGGUAGCAUGAGCGGCUUAUACGACUACAAUGUGUACGAUGAGAAUGGUAUUGUUGGCCCGCAUCCAUACUAUCAUAAUCUAUACAUUGCCAGUGGCUUCGGUGGACAAGGUGUGCAACAGGCGCCGGCUGUAGGUCGCGCUAUAUCCGAGCUUAUUAUCGAUGGACAGUUUAGAACGCUUGACUUGUCACGUUUAAGCUUCGAUAGACUAAUUGUGGAUAAACCCAUGUUUGAAUACAAUGCUUUAAAUUAAAUUGCAAUUUAUUUAAAA